GGGUUUUGCGUCGCCAUGGCGCCGCCGGACAGGCUGAGCGAGCUGCCGGACUGCCUGCUCCAGACCAUCCUCUCCUCGCUGGGCGCCAGGCAGCUCGUGCAGACGACGGCCCUCUCGCGGCGGUGGCGCCACGUCUGGCGUGGGGUGCCGCGCCUCGACAUCGACCAGCGGGAGUUCCAGGCCGCGGACGCACCGGCCGACCGCCACGGCAGGCGCGACAAGUCGCUCGAGCUCGACGAGUGGGCGAGGUUCGACGAUUUCGCCGACAACCUCCUUCUCUCGCACCACCACGGCGGCGACGGCGACGAGGACGACAACCUCCCCCUGGACGCGCUCCGCCUGCACGUCGUCGACAAACGGGAUGCCAGCCGGCGGAGGCUGCCGCUCUACGCCAGGUGGCUAGACUGGCUCCACGCCUGCCUCGACCGCUACCGGCCCGCGGCGCUCGAGAUCCACAGCGAUUUCGACAUGACCGUCGACCUGCGUCUCAUGGGCCUCCGUUCCGACCUCAGUCGCCUCAACACCUUGCGCCUCCAGGGGGUCCUGCACGCCGGCGGCUUCGGCGACGACUCCGUGUCCGUGUGCCCUCGGCUGGAGCACGUCGAGUUCACCAGCUGCGCCAUUGGUUUCGAGGGGGUGGUCACCGCCCGCACGCUCAAGACGCUCGUCAUCGACCGCUGCUGGAGGAGAGACGAUACCAAGGAGGAAGGUGCUCCGCGCCCGCGCGUCCAAGCUCCCGCCCUUGCUUCUCUGCGCCUGGUCAUGAGCUUCCAGAGUGACAUAUGGGUGUUCCAGACGCCGUCGCUCGUCGAGGCAUCCAUCCGUACCACGAGGUCCUUUGUCAACAGAGACGACGAGUAUGAGCUUCUUUGCAACCUCUAUAACGUGACAAGAUUAGAGCUGUCCGGCUUCCUGGCGCUAGACAAGAUUAGGCCGAAAAACGAAGCGCGUCAAGAUUUGCCAAAGUUUCAUAACCUGACUACGCUGCUCCUUGAUGACUGCGACUUGACCGGUGAAGUUUACAACUUGUUGGACUUGUUUCUGUACAAUGCUCCCAACUUGGAGAAACUUACUCUGCAGAACUGCAAGCUUCCGCAAGAAUGGUCCAAGUCGAAGAAGAUGUGUCUGAGCCUCAAGUUUACCGAGAUCAAUUGUCAUAAGAAGGACGAUGUUUGCCAGGUCAAUCAUUGACUUUUGGCUGGGCAUUUCAAAGAACUGCCAGAAGACCGCGAUAUCAAGUAAUCAGGUGCACUUCUCAUAUUGAUCAUAGCAGAUUACCAGGUCAGCGGGUCGCAAUAAACACUAGUGUUUUUCCGCGAAAAUGCAAAUUGCAUUGAAAAGGCAGAGUUUAGAGUUACAAGCCUCCUAGGAGAAUUUCCUUGGCAUUUCUGACAAAAUCUGAAGGUUCAGUAGUUACUGGGAGUUUGGAGUUAUUCAUAGCAGGCAUUAUCCUUUCUUAUUCCUUGAUGUCCGUUUCAAAUAUGUACAUGAAAAUUUGUGAUGCUGUGGAUGCAUA